AUGCCCUUUACUGACGUCCCGCCUUCCUACGAGUCUACCAUCUCCCGCGAGGCCUGGCUCCUCAUCGCGCCGUACAUCUCCUCGCCAGAUCUUUGCGCCGUCUGCCUUGUGUCCCGCAAAUGGCACGCCAUCUUCAUACCCUUCCUCUGGGGCGACCCAGCCUCGCACUUCGGAAUCGCCAAUGACGCCGUCUAUGUCGCCCUCACUCGCUUCAAAAAGACACUGCGAAGAGCCAGACUCUCCGUACGAGCAUUGACUCACACAUUACAUCUACCGCCCGCCUUAUCUGAGAUUUACGGUGGCCCCCAUGCGACCUGGCUGCGGGAUGUGCUUGAGUGGCUGCCGCAAUUGCAGAGCCUGAUUGUGACAAGACUGCCGUUCUUUGACCACCAUGCCCUAGUGGCGCUGCGGACCAGCGGCGGACAGAGGCGGGACAGUGAGGAAGAGCAUCAUGACUUGCCGGACUUUGGAUUGAAGCUGCUCCUGGCCAGCAGUGAGCCAAACACUACGAGCAUUGGCCUAUCCAUUGCACUGCCCCGCUUUCCAAACUUGGUAUAUCUGGAUCUGUCAUUUACCAAGAGCGCGAGAGAUGCGAACGUGCUCGCCGCACUCGGUGGUCUGCACGAUCUACAGGCGUUGAAAUUACAAGGAGUUGGGAUGCGGGAUGGCGAGGCCGAGGUGCUUGCAAAUGCAAUCGGCAUCCGUGUCAGGCUGUUGGACAUCAGCGAUAAUCACUUGACGGACAUGGCGGUGCGGUCGUUGCUCCAGGCAUGUUUCAUACCAGCGGAUAGGCUUCAGGAUGCCAGUCGGCUCAACACGAGAAGGGUAGAGGACUGGCCCGUGGGCAUGGCACCCGGUCCCGAUUUCUUCAGUCUGGACAUGCUUCGAAGCGAAGAGUUGGAUCAUGAGCUGUUGAAGCAGCUAACUAAUCCACUGACUGGGAGGCUGGCAUUUGAAGAUAUUCCGCACAGGGGUCUGACCCAUCUCUACAUCGCCGGCAACCAAUUGUCCGUCGAGGGCGUCUCAAGCCUGCUCAAGUCCAAGAGGCUUCAUAUUCUAGACGCCGGUACAGUGGACGUUGUCAAGACUAUCUCGAGGUCUCGGUCCCUGUCUAACACCUCUGGAUACGUGGACGAAGUCAAGUUCCCAGGUGCUGAGAAGCUAGUACCUGUCCUUGUGCAAGCCGCGAGCAAGAACUUGACGUAUAUGCGUGUCGAUCAUGCCGUGGUCACAGUGCAACCUGACACGCCUAUUCCGGAGAAGAAAACUGUCUCGCGACGACCAUCUGUGAAAGAACUACCAGGAGACACGACGCCGACCCCUGCUGCCGAGCUCCCCGGUGAUAGCAGGAAUGUCACUGAGCUUCCAGCGCCUGCUCACUACGCGGUCGAAUUAGCAGCCGACCGAGAGCCAAUCUUUGAACUGGAUGCCACGCCCGCCCAACCGCGAGCUGAGCUGCCAGGAGAUAUGAUCUAUUUCGCUCUUAGUCCUCCGGUGGGUAACAAGCCUGAGGAUACUCAGACCGAGUCGGAACCAGAACAUCACGGGCCCAUCCGAGGGGUCGGGCCAUAUGCGCCAGAGGUAGUUGUCAACGGUAAUGCUGAGGACACACAACCUGGAACCGGUGAAGAUGGAAACGCCAUGAGCAACGCCAACGGCGUAACUAUCUCAUCGACUCAUGAUAUUUCGGACGAGAGCUCCCAUGGCACCAAUAGUACCACUCGCUCGAUCUUGUCGCCUGUCUCUCCGGCAACAGAGGUUGGUACACAUGCGCAUUUCCAGCCGCUAGUUGCUCCUUCGCCCUCCUCUCCGAGGCGCCGACCAACCAGCAAGUCCAAGCAAGAGGAGCAGACUCAAGCGCCUCCGUUACCACCCCGUCCCUCUUCUCCGUCGCCGGCAUCAAUCCGGCAAGCUCGGAUCGAGCACCUGAUGUCCAAACGACCAACGCCGAAUACGCAGCUUUCCCUACAUCCUUCGCACCUUCCGAAUCUCCGCAAUCUCACACUAACAAACGUGCCGCUCUCGGUACCCGCCUCAUCUACAACAGUAUCCCGCCUUACCUCUUUCAUCGCGGCGUGCGCUCUCGAAUCCCACCUCUCUCGCCUGCUGGCUGCUACGGAUUACUCUCUCCCGCCCGGUCGCGCGCGGCAUAUGGCGGAAAGAGAUGCCGCCAGGCGCCUGUUCGCCCUCCAAUGCAUUACACUCGAGAUGGCGCAGCCAAGUCCUACGGAUCCCAGCAAGACAGGCUCUCGGUCGUGGCACCAUAGUCGACAGAGGUUGAGCAUGAGCAAAUCUAGUACGGGCGAUAUGGAUAGUGAGAAUCUAUGGUCAGCUGCAGCUGAUGACUUCAGCUUCUUCGCGGAGGAAGGUGGCGAAGAGGAGGAUGAAUGCGGUAUCUAUGAACAUGAAAAGGAUCGAUAUUUCCCGAGUGUUGAUUUCGACGAUAAAGUCGUUGUCUCGCCGGAUGAAGUGGCCGACAUACAUGGGCAGGGCAGAGCUAGUCCGCACAGCCCACAUCUCGGCGGCACCUUGAGCCCGAUACACGCACUGGGGAGAGCAGCAGGCGGUAAUUCUGUCUGGCAGUCUCCACGACAAUUACCCAUGGGGCGAAACAGACGGUCGAGUAACGAGCACAGUCGCAGCCCCCGCGGCAGCUUCGAUGGCGGGCCUCGUCCUUUCACGCCCGAGCUGCCCGGCACCAUGGCCCCUCCACAGCUGUUGCAACGGCAGAGCCCUGUCCUACAGCAGCGCAGACUGGCACCCACCUCAGCUCCUAAGUCGUACACUCCAUCUGCCACCAGCAAUGGCUACCAAGCCAAUAACGGCCAGAUCUCCCCACCCAUCUCGCCCGUAGAAGAGGAAGAGCAGCUCGACGUCGUCGCCACUCUUUCAGCCUAUCGCCGCUCGCGCAAAGCCGCGUACGAGACUGAAAUGGCAAAGUUUGCGCGAUUCAAGGCUGCUUUGAGGCCAGAAGACGCCGAGGGAUUGCUGCCACCGUUCGUGGAGGGAUACUGGACCGGUGAGAUCAAGGUUGUGCGCAAUUCGGCGCCCAAGGGCAGGUCCGGCGUGGUUGAUAUGUAUGGGAAUUAUUUCGAGAAGGGUUAUCUCUACCCGUAA